UGCGCAACGGGGAGCUGCGCCUUUGCAGUCUGUUGCAGUCCAGUCAGUCGUACGGACGCGCGAUUCACGUUUGACGCGUAGUUUCGGAUGCGUUGCUCGAGCGAGACCGACGACGGCCGUACGUUUCACGGUGAUACCAGCCGACGGAGGAGGAAACUCCAUUUCGUAUGCGUGUUCGACUGUUGGUGUCCGGUGGUGUGACGGUUUCUGGUAAGGUCGCGGUGGCACGUUUCGCUAUGUCGCAAGUGCUUUGGCCGCGAGAGGCGCAGUGACGACUCGUCCGUGAGCCUGCCGACAUCCUCGACGGCCUUACGAUGGAGUCUAUCAGAAAAUGGUUCUACAGGCCUAAGAGAGACGACACGAGCCUGCUGGCUCAGUUCUUCUACGCGGACGAGUCGCUGAACGCGGUGGCCUGCGAGUUGGACUCGUUCGACGGCCGACAGGAGCCGGAGCGAUGCACCACCUUGGUGAAUCAGCUGCGGCACUGCCAGGACAAGGUGCUGACGAUCUGCAGCCAGAUAAUGGACGACCUGAUACCGGAGAGCAGGGCGAACAGGGACUUCAGGGUGAAGUUCCCGGACGACGUGAUGCAGGAGAAUCUCGCCGGGCAGCUGUGGUUCGGCGCGGAAUGCCUGGCAGCCGGCUCGUCCAUCAUGAACAGAGAGGCUGAAAGUUCAGCGAUGAGGCCGCUGGCGAAGGCGCUGACAAAGUCGCUGGAUAUCGUCAGGAAUCUGCUCAGGGAGCACGCGCUGAAAGGUCACAUGAACCUGAAGUACCUCUUUCAGACACAGAAUCCGCUGGACCCGUCGCUGGAGAAGCUGAUCGAGUCGCUGAAGAUCUUCGACCGCCUGUUCGCCGAUUUCGAGCUGUGCUACGUCGGCGCCAUGGUCCCGGUGAAAUCGACCAAGGAGUACGAGCAGCAGGAACUGGUGUGCGUUUUAUUUUCGGAGACGCUGCAGAGAGCACUCGAACGCGGACUGCUCAGCCAGGCCGACGUGGAUAAUUACGAGCCGGCCCUGAUGUUCACUAUUCCCCGUUUGGCGAUUGUCUCCGGCCUCUUGGCUCCGCCUGGAGGGCCACUGUGCCUCAACUCGCCCGACAACAUCAGCGAAAUGUUCAGACCGUUUAGGACGCUGCUUCUAAAGAUCCGCGAGCUCCUCUGGACGCUGAACAACCGCGAGCUGUACAUGCUAGAGAAGCUGCUGUGCUCGAACGAGGAGCCGUCCGGCCCGAUCACGCAGUCCUCGAAGUCCGCGUGCCAAGACAUACCGGACUUGGAGGAGUUCGUUCACAAUUUUUAUACCGGCUACCCGAACUGCAAAGACUUCAUCGUAGAUUUUUACACAGUGACGAGGAACACGGGCAGCAACAUGGACGAGGUGGCGAACGACGUCGUUCAGGCGUUGGCGGAGGGCCGCGAGAACGACGAUCGUUCGCCGGAGAACCGUCUAGAGUCUCGCGAGAGGCACGCGGACGCGAGGACGGCCGGCAACGCGGAGCACGGGCCUAACCGUUCGAGCGUGGUCGUCGCGGACUGUUACGAGGACGUUCCGAUGUGUAACGGUGGUGCGAGGACAUCGUGCGAUCGUGAGAGUGUCGGUGACGAAGUGCAAUACGGCCAGCCGAAGAAGGCCUGCAACUCGAGCGUCGGCAGCAGGCAGCAGUCCUGCGAGGACAGUCCCAGGAGGGACGAGGCGAACACGGUCUACCUGACGGUGCACGCGCGAGACAGCGCCGACAGCGACACGCAGCUCGCCGACGAGAGCGAGUCGGGUCAGCAGCAGGACGACUUCAUGACGGCCGACAUAUCCGAGAUCCUGGUCGGCUCCGAGAACAUCGAGAUCCCGCAGACGCAGUACCUCCUGAACCAAGUGUCCCACGAGAACAACGUGUCCGGCGAGACGAUGCACAUCCAGAACUCCUUGCCCGACCUGGACUCGAAGAAGCUGAUCUCCGAGGCGAACAAGACUCUGUCGAACCUCCUCUUGGACAGCGACUGCCAGAACGAGAUAUCCGAGCAGACGGACUCCGGCAUCUGCACGGUGCUGUCGUCGGAGAACACCAGCCUCUACGACAAGAGCCCGGAGGAGAAGAAGACGUUCGCGAACGAGAUCCAGCAGGAGGACCAGGUCCUCGACGACGACGCGCAGGAGAACACCAGCUACUCCUGCUCGAACCUGAACUCGCCGAAGAGGAAGAGCUCCACGAUCUCGGACAACUCCUGCGUGUGCAGCCUGAGAAGCGUGAAGACGCUGCCCGGCACGGAGCACGGGUCGAUCGAGGUGCACAGCCUGCACCCGGCCGGCAACGAGGCCGCGAAGAACAUUCCAAGGAUAUCGUCGAACUUCGACGGCACCACCGAGGAGUUCGUGGGCGUCGCGUACGGGAACGGCCACAUAUCCGUCUGCGACUCGAACCAGUCCGGCUUCCAGAUCAACUACACCGAGAACUGGGAGAACCUCAACCUGAACAUCGACGCGUCCACGUCCCGCAGGGAGUUCUGGUGCGACCUGAAGUGCGAGAACUGUCCGUCCACGUCGCAGAGCAUCGGCAAGAUCGGCGCGAAGAUCGAGCAGUAUGCGCACGAGAAGAUCGCCUGCAGGAAGACGCGCGACGAGAAGCAGAAGCGGAGGCACCACCGCAAGCACGAGAGGAGCGGCUCGCUGAUCCACGGCGCGCAGGAGACCAGGAACUUCCAGAGCGUCUACUACGCGACCAGCACCGAGAGCUCCAGGUCCAACUCCACCGACCGCUGCCUGAACCCCAGACUGGUCAGCUACGGCGCCAGCUUGCACCCCAGCCAGAACACCAGGCAGAUGCCGAACUUCGGGAGCCACAGUCCUCACGCCAGCCCGAGGAUGCAGCACUUCGAGACCAGAGGCAACGUUGCGCCUGGCCAGAGGACCUGCAUCGCUCCCAGGGCUCAGAGGAACCUGUCGCCGCAGAACAGGAAGCUUCUGGAUCACAGGAGGUCCAGGUCCGAGCAGAUCAGCAGGAUGAAGAGGAGGGACGUGGAGAAGAGGGACAAGUACGAGCGGGCCAACCCUCGCUCGGAGCAGACCAAGAGGAAGCUGGAGAGCAGGAGUCCCAACGAGCUGAUGAACGACGGCCUGGGACCCAGGACUGACAAGAGCGGCUUGGUCACCGAGUCGGUCUCACCGGUGGUGUCGCAGAACGUUUCUUAUGGGAUCCAGACUGCUAUGAAAGACGAUGUACAGAGAACCGUUCGGGCGAUAAGACUGGUGAACGCGUCGACGAUGUCCAGCACGCAGUCGUUCACCUCGGACCACUCGCUGAUGCACAAGCCGGACGUCGGGUCCAGCUCCAGCUGUUCCAGCUGCUGCGACUCCAGCUCGGAGACCAGCGAGUUCCAGAGCGACUGCCAGGACGACGAGGAGAUCGCACUCGCGAUGCAGGCCGCCGAGAUCGCGAAUAGGAAUCAGAUUCGAGCGAAGUUCCGAUCGUCCGAGGAUCUCGUUCACCGCCUGUUCGUCUGCAUAGCCGGCGUAGCGGAUCAGUUGCAAACGAAUUUCGCUUCCGACCUGCGCAACAUCUUGAAGUGCGUGUUCCUGAUGAACAGUAGUCAAACCCCGGAGGACGGAGAGACGAAGGACGAAGGGUUAACGACGGACGAACAACCGGCGAGUCCUGUAAACGAUACAGUCACCAAUCACGAGCGACAGGACUCGUUGCAGGAGUAUGAAGACGAUUUGGAAGACACCACCGUGACAAACGACCAACACACAAAUUCUCCGAUAACCGAACGCGGCGAAGAGUGCGUUGAACGUGCACCGGCUUGGGUUCCAGACAACGAUGCGCCUAGGUGUAUGGCCUGCCAAGCAGGGUUCACCGUGGUGCGACGGAGACACCAUUGCAGAAACUGUGGCAAAGUGUUCUGCGGUCGUUGCAGCAGCAACAACGUUCCCCUGCCGCGUUACGGGCACACGAAACCCGUGAGGGUGUGCAACAGGUGUUUCCUCUAUCAGGUGACGCCGUUCACGGUUUCCCAAGUAACGUCUGCGAGCUGAACAUUAUUGGAACAAGGUAUAAUAAACUAAGAAGGGGAUUGGUUUCUCUCCUCAUUGAAUGUAUCGUUAACACGUUGACUGUCGCGAGAAUUUUCAGAGAUUUAUGUAAUGUUGCUUACUUUACGUCAAAGAUCAAUAGGAACAAUUAUUAUUUGGUAUCACAAUUCUUAUGUUACACUAUUGUUUAGUUUACGGAAUUUAACGGUUUUAUGUAAACAAUUUGGGAGCACUUAUCAUUGGUGACUAACACGGCAGUCAACGUGUUAACAUUUCUUGGACAUUCAGCUAUGUACUCGCGCGGGAAUCGAUUGUCCGUUUCUUUCUUCCGAUAAGGAAAAACAAGUAACAGCGUUUCGGAGGUCGAAUUCUUAUAUAAUAAACGUAACUUCUUCGCGUUAAGUUGUAUAUUUGCAAGCACUCGAAUUAACAUGUGCGUCACCGGCGAUCGUUACAUAUCUUCACACGUCGCGACGGAGUGAUUUUCAACUUAGCUGAAUUCCAGGACGAGUUGUAUUAUAAUUUCGAUUCCGCGAGUCUUGGAACUGUAUCGAGAUAUUUUACCUAUAAACUUCAGUCGGACGAAUGAUUUACAACAGUUUCCCUGUACAAUCACGUUACAUUCCUUUUUGUGAUAGAAUUAUAUUUUUUAUGUUUCGCUUAUUGAGCGGUGAUAGACAGCGAUUCUGAAAGAUUGAUCAUUGAUCGGACGAAAAACGUAAUAACCAUUGUUUAUUGUUUUGAAUAUUUUGAACGACGAAGAUAUUGUUGCGCCAGAACUUCAGCAGUAAAAGACGUUCUACGAGAUGACAAUAGACGAGAGGAGGUUAUUCCGAUAUAUUUCUUUUAACGUUUAGUUUAUCGCACAUUGAAUCUUUUCCCAUUCUUCGUCGAUUACUUUAUCUGUGUCUACGUUUAUGGUGUGUUCAGUUGUUUUGUAUAAAGUAUCAUAGAAAUCAUCGGAGACGUAUGUAAACCUGCGAGGGUCGAGAGAUGUUUCGUUGUAAAAUAGAGACAUUUGUAUCUGUAUAUACACAUUCAUAUUAUAUACAUAUAUUUACAUAUAUAUACAUACAUACAUGCAUACAUACAUACAUACAUACAGACAUAUGUAUAUUUAAUUUUGGAAUAUACUCUUUUUAGGUGAAGCGCAGGAAUCUUAAAUAAGAUAGCGAACAAGAACGAGCAACAAAAAACGAAACCGAAAACAGAUAUAACAUUUCGCGGGACAAUUAAUGAGAAAUUAGCGAGGAGGUGAUGACGAUGUAUCGCAGACUGAGAUAAAUCCUUGCGCCGAGUUGGACUCCGAACUAUAUCAGACGUUCGCUCAGCGACAGUGAUUCGAGUGAUUUCUAAAUUUUUAAUGAUAAUAAACUAGCGAGCAGAGUUGCGUAGUCGAACUGUGUGAUCGUAUUAUAACCGUGACCAUCGGUCUCAACGAAACGUUUAUACAGGAUGCGUCUGGAACUAAAGUCGAACCUAUUCGAGACCCGAACAGAAAUUGACAGUGAGCAUUGUUUCGUUUACAAAUAUACAAAUUCCAAUAUUCAGUUACCUUUCGUUUCACUCUGUACACAUUGUCAAUGUCUCUGUACUAACGAUCAUUUCCACAAAUCCUAAACGCACGGGUACAAAUCUGAAUCUUAAACAGUUUAAGAUACUUAAACAAUUCCAUUCCAUUUCACCUGACUUCGCGCGAGACGUUACUUCCUUCAGACGCACCCUAUGUAUCUCAAUUACUCCCACCUAUCUCUCGCGUUCGGCGAGUGCCGAGGACCCGCCUCGGUGUCUAUUCCAAAAAGCUACAAACGAACGAACGUUGUUGCUCGGCUUUUCGUCUGCUCGGACGCGCAGCGCGUAGCUGACCUAGACUCCACCUGCUUCGGAGCUGCGGUCGUUAGACGAUAAAUGUUCGGCGUGUUCGUCGUCGGGCGAGGAAGGGGGGACGAGUGUCUCGCGUACCGAGGCACGCGCGCCGGCGAGUGAUCGCGAAGCUCGCGAUCCUCGAGGAUCGCAACAGGUGUACUGCGAGCCGAUCAACGCGCAGCGGGCACGUUACCAGCGCUUGUGCCAAAUUUACUUGUGACAAUAAGUUUGCCGCGAUUUCAAGGAACCCAUGAGAAUCCGUACGGCGACAAUGUCGUUUCCAUGCAACAUAGAGCAGACCCCCUAAGAGUACCGCUUCUCGGGACGUAGCUACCUUUUCCGCCGCGAAGUCUCGAGUACACGCCUGCUCCGCUCGAAAGUUUCCGUUCGAGAGAAUAGUGAGAUGUUCAAUGAAACCGAUAGUUACGAGAAAGGAUUAGAGAACGUCUAGCGUUAACGCGUUAAGCGCCAUGUCAGCCACUGGUGACUGACGCUUCUGAAUGACUAAAAAACAAUCGUAACAAGACAACCGAUGUGAAAUAAAAAUGUUUAAUAAGGCGACUAAGUUGAUGAUAGUGUAACGCUAACUUUUCACUACUUUUCUUUGCUACAAAAGAAACUCUAUGGGAAAACGCUUACUUUCGUGGCGCUUAACGCGUUAAACGACGCGGAGCGUACUCGAGAUUUCGCGGUGUUACGGCGACCGUGCGUUGUACGUAGUGUCUCAGCGUUUUUAUGAGGAGAUUAUAUCGACGAUAUAAGGCUUAUCGGUUUCAGAGGUUUUGGUGAAGCGACUGCAGUGCGCGUGUCGAAUUUCAAAAGACUGCUGUUGAUUGUAGACCGCUCAGGCUUCGCGUGCGUAUGCAUAUCCGCUUUCAAUCCUCUCGCAUCUUUAUAGAUCCUAACGGAACUUUGGUUCGCUCGGUGCGUUGUCGUGAACAUUCAUUCCCGAGCUUGGAGGAACAAUUGUCGGAGACGCGGCAGUCGAGUGUUCGACUCUCGUAUCGACGGACGGAGAGGAUUCUUUCGCGAGGUUCUAUACAGGGUGCGUCGAUAACGAUGGUACAAAUUUAUAUGAAUUCUAUAGUGCGAGGGGGAGGUCGGUUUCGAUUUUUCGAUCGAAUUCUCGGAUCGCCGUGCUAGGAGAACUUUUCUUUGCCAACUGGCGUCGCGUUGAUCGUUUGAAUAGUCCAAAUUCGACUCAUACUUUUACGCCAUGCUAGCUUUUUCUCUUUGUUUCAGAGGCGGGGAGCGCGAGGCUGUAAACUUAGCUGUUUGUUAGAGUAACUUCGAAAGAAGACGUAAAAUUCUAAGGUUUUGACUCGUCAGAGGUUCUUGGGUAAGUGCCGUGCGGUCUGACACAGUCCUUUUGUCGAAAGACAUCUGUCCCGUUCCUUGACCGGGUCGUUGCGUCAUUUGUCACCCUGAAGUGAACGUUCUGCGAUGAUUGGUACCUGGACGAGCCAAUGUAGAGCUGGGUAACAUUUCGGGAAACAACAUUUCAAAUGCUAUUUAGAUUAUAAAAUAAUGUGUUAAUUAUGUAGCAUUUACAAUGAAUAUUUAGUGUUUUAUAUCGUUAGAUCAACGCAUGGCACUAUAAUUCAAUAUAAUGUCCCAACUUUCAGAAUUUUAACACGUUGAACUCCAUGAUUUCACAGAGGAAGAUUAUUAUUACUAUUAUUAUUAUUACUAUUCUACGUUCAUCCAGCUGAAUGUCACUCUAUUAUCUAGCAUUAUUUAUAAUAUAGAAAUGUUUCCAUAUAAUCCUUGUUUCAUUGAGUGAACUGCAGUAAUUCUAUUUGGUUGUGGGUCACCGGUGACCCCAUGACAUUCAACGUGUUAAAGGAUACCAAGAUUCUUUUCUCUAAAUAUUUGAAACAUUUUUUGUAGCAAAUAAGGUACUCUUUAGAGCUACUUGCUACUCUACAAUAUACUUUGCAAUGUUCACAGCGACAUUUUACCCAGCACUGUUACCAAUUAUCGCUCAACAAUUCCAUGUAGUUCCGUUCACUCGUCUUCAGAACCGCACGUGGCCUAAGUCCCUAUUACCGAUCCUCCACUCAAAAGACACUGACGCUAACAGACAAUACCGAUUGUACAGUAUCCUAGGAAUUAGAUUACGUUCGGGAUUAGCAUUGGGAACCUCUGCCGUCACGAGCUGAAAGGAUACACUUUAGAAACAUAUUCGAGCGACAUCGUUAGAUUGAUUUUCCGAUCCGUUAAGCGACGCGCUCAAUGAAAUCGUUUUAUGCAGUGUGUUUCUCGUUUCGAACGAUGCACUAUCGAUGCCGGAAGAACGAUCGGUAAUUUAUUGUUCCACUGGCGACCCUCGCGACGGAGUGCGAUCAACUGACCGAUCUCAUUUGGAGUUUAUCCGCAUAACAAAACGAUGACUGCCAGUAAAACGAUCGAUAAGUUAGUUGUUAAAUACCGUGUAUCUCGUUUCGUAGACCUUCGGCUCCAGAGUCCGUCUUAUCAGUCGACGUUGUUAACAGAUUUUCAUUGAAGUAUCAAAAUCCGAGGACGAGAAGAGAUUCUGUAAUAAAUAGCGAUAAUCGUAGUUUCGAGCGGUGACGAACGUACCAAUGACUUCAAUAAUUACCCCGACCGUUUCAGUAACGUUUCUUUCGAUCGGGUUACGUUGAUCGCAUCGAGUCUCCGUCACGCUUUCGUCUCGUCGACGAUGCUAAAUUACCAAUGCUUCUCGCGUGUAUCGUCGAUCUUCCGGUUAAGUCCAAAAUCUGGAAAAUCAAAAGAACCAAGACGAACGCACGAAACUUCUAUGAAAACACGCGUUUCCCAUGGCUUCUGUUUCACUUCGAAUUCGGGAAGGUUCCACCCGCACGCGUUCUACCGAAACACCCUGUAUAAAACCGUUCGAACGACUCAACCGUCUGUCAUUUCCGAUGAAAGCGGCUCAGUCGAAUUUAUCUCUAGAAAUCUUAACACGUUCGCGGACAGGACAUCUUCAUCUGCUUCGAGUGCGGCGAGUAUUUUGCGCAACGGAAUCGUACGGAACUGCUGAUCGUUGCAGAGAAACGAACUUCGAAAAAUGAUCUAGGUCAAUAUCAGCGUUACAAGAAUAAUAUUCUAACGGAAUGUCCGUGAACGUGUUCACGAGCGCUCACGACACGUCAAUACUACCAAUUGUAACGAGAUUCUCCAGCGAAUCGUGGAACGAACGUCGACUUUAGAACGAUAAGGGACAAUGGAGGAGUGGAGCAGCGUUGGCGCGCCGUUUACAAUUUAACAUUCCGUUGCGUUGUCAGCGUACAACAGUCGAUAGAACGUCGAGGAGUCUGUGAGUUAACCGACGGUGGGCUUACCAUCAGCGAGCGAGGAAAUCGGAUCGAGCAGCGGGAGAUCGGCGAGUGCGGUAGUGCCUCGAUGCUAGACCCACGUUGGGACCUCGUCGCUUCAAUUAACGAGGAAUGUCUAUUAAGUUCUAACAUCAUCUAACGAACACAAAUUCCUUAGUAACCACUAUUUUCAAUGAAAAUAACAAUCAUUGGAUUCAACAUUCUGUUUCUCAAUUCUAUUUUUGUAAAAAUCCAGAUUCUAGUAUUAAUCAAUUCUUUAACGAACGACUUACAUUUAAAAUACCGAACAAAGGAAGGUCUGUCAAAGAUAUAAGAAAUGUCCAAAGAUUUUUAUUUUAUUAAAUCAGCACUACUGUACUCGUCGAUCGAUCGGCAGAAGUUGCGUCUUCGACGACGGCCCCGGAACCUUUCGAUCGUUCAGGAGGAAAGUGGCAUGGCACGGCAGAACUGUCCGAUCUAAAAGACUUCUCCAAGGGCGCGCGUCCUCUUAAGGAGCACAUCGAUAUUAGAGAUCGCCGCGGAGAAUUACGAACUAAGCUUAGGACGAGAGUUAUUUUUUACACGCAAAUCGAUGCCUUGCUCUAGCGUAUCGUGCUUUCUAUCUUCUACGUGAACGACCCUUCGCGAUCGAGCUACGAGCUGGUCUUUUUCCUUCGUUUCCGUUCUACUCUUCUUGUUAAUCGAUCGCGUCGCGUUCUAAUUCGUUCAAAGGGAUCGUUGGCAAACGGGGUUCGAGGUUCUUAGCUUCGAGAAAUCUUUCUGCGAGCCUCUUUGAAGCUACAAGCCUCGAAGUCGUCGUUCGAGACACCGAUUAAUGUUAGCAUUUCACCUGCCGGUCGUGUAACGGUUAAAGGAACAAUGAUUAACGGUUAAGAAUUGUAUAUUGAUUCUGUGUAACGAAUCUGGUAAAGGUUGAUUUCAUUUGAACGACUCAUUGGAGUGAGUUCAUUUUAUUUCGCCAUUGCUUUGGAUAUUCGUUGAGUCGAAGCAUCUUUAGCUGUUAAUUAUUGGUCUCGAGAGACUAACAUUAGAACUACUAGAUAGAUCAAGACAACAGUUAAUCUUCUUUUACGAUUGCUAAAAAGGUAACAGAUACAUGAAAAUUCUCUGAUAAAUUAUUAGAGAUUGAUCUAGCAACACAAUUAAAACUUCAAUGAAUGCACUCUUACGGUUUUAGCAAACUUACAGAAAGCUCGAUCGGAUUGCUAGUUCUAGUGUUGAACAAUCACCGGUAGGUGAAGCCUUAAUUAACCUUCUGCACUCGACGGUAUUUCCCAUUAUAAAUUACUUUCCGAUAACACGUUUGUAACACUACUUGCAACGCAAACUCAAAAAUCAAAUUAUAAGAUCAUUCGAUUUCUAUGCCUCACACGAAAUUGAACAUCGAACUUCUAAUUUUCCGAUCGUAUCGUUCCGAAUCGAGUGGCAACCUGUCCGAGUGCAAAGGGCUAAUCGAAUCCUUAGGCCGUGCUCUUUCAGCCCUUGUUUUACGCGUUUGUCUAUCGUUCCAAUUAACACGUUAAGCGCCACGAAAAUCUUAAGCGUUUUCCCAUAGAGUUUGUCUUUCGUAGCAAAGAAAAGUAGGAACAAUUAUGAAUCGUUUGGCGUCGCAACAUUCGCGUUACACUAUUAUCAAGUUGCCUUAUUAAACAUUUUUAUUUCACAUCGGUUGUCUUGUGUGUUACGAUUGUUCUUUAGUCAUUCGGAAGCGUCAGUCGCCAGUGACUGACAUGGCGCUUAACGUGUUAAUGGCAGCCGGGAGUUCCCUGUGCCUAAAUGUUCGCAGGCUAGCCUGUGCGUCGAAACGAACGAAGGAUCAUGCGUCUGGAUGAGAGAGAGAGAGA